AUGCCAUCUAGCGGAGCGUACACUUUCCUUACUACUCCUUCGAAGACGAAGGAACCAUAUUUGGUUGGUAAGGAUGUAAUGAUGGACCCGGCCGCUUUAGAUGAUCAAACGUCCGUAAUGGCUGCUCUGCUUGCCGACCCUUUAGGGAGUCAUGAGGAAAUAUUUCUCGAAACCCCUCCACAGAAGGAGAACACGAGAAGGAAACUGGCCGACGCUAUGCACUACAAUGUUGGCGAGGAAUUUACGGAUCCAGCUCCUAAUCGUUGUUCUGGCAUCGACGCAGGUUUACCGAAAAUUGACGAAGUGAUUGGAUUGAGGAAAGGGCUUCGGAUGGUUGAUCAUUAUGGUUAUGAAGAUAUCGGUCCUAUUUACAACGAUAUGGCAAGCGACUCGUUGAGGUUGGCCGAAAUUGAUCUGACAUACGAGGAUGGUUCCAUCUACAUUGGUAGGUUGUUCAAAAACAAAGAGCAUUUCAAAAUAACGCUUGCUAUACACGCCCUGAAGAAGAUGUUUAGAAAGGCGAAUCUCAAACAUACUUGCGACGCGGACAGCCGACGGACGUUCUCUAAGCACGCAUCGUCGAAGGUGAUAGCAGCACUUCUGAGAACCAAGUACGAAACUACUGUCGGGCCACGUCCUAAGGAUUUACCGUACUCGAUUCUGAGAGAGCAUCACAUUAAUGCCUCUUACUGGAAAUGCUGGAAAGCGAAAGAAUUGGCAAUUGCAUCUGCGCAUGGAACAGAGGAAAGCUCCUACAAGUUGCUACCACUGUACCUAUACUUACUGAAGUGUGCAAAUCCAGGGAGCAUUACACAUCUACAUACCGAGGUUGAUGAAAAGGGUGCAACAAGGUUUAAGUAUGCGUUUAUGGCGCUGAAGGCAUGCGUGGAUGGAUGGAAGCACUUGAGGAAAAUUCUCGUCGUGGAUGGAACUCAUAUGUUUGGGAAGUACAGGGGAUGUCUCUUGACGGCCAGCGGUCAGGACGCCAAUUUUCAAGUAUUCCCUAUAGCGUUUGCCGUGGUUGAUAGCGAAAACGACCUGUCCUGCUCUUGGUUUUUCGAGAAGUUAGGUGAUAUCAUUGACGACAGUUCUGAACUGGCGAUAAUUUCUGAUAGAAGCCCAUCAAUCAAGAGCGCGAUACGGAAAUGGUUUCCAAAUUCCCACCACGGAACAUGCCUUACCCACCUGACAAGGAACGUCGACGACCACUACCAUCGUAGACAUCAGAGAGCGCUAGUCCAACAGGCUGGAGAGGCUUUUACGGUGGCCAAAUUCAAGAAGUAUUACAGUAUGCUGAAGGAGGUGGAUAUAGCAUGUUGGAGGUACAUGGAGAAAAUUGAAGUUUCACAGUGGACACGGGCUUAUUUUCCCGGAAACAGAUAUAAUUUGAUGUCUAGCAACAUUGCAGAAGCCCUCAACGCCGCAUUACUCCCUGCGAGGGAGAGCCCUAUCGUCGCCUUGUUUGAAUUCAUUCGUAGCAAUGCUGUGCAGAUGGUUUGA